CUUUUAAAUUGCAGUCUGUAUGCAGGAGUUUUAUCACUGAGUAGAAGUGUGAAAUAUAUUUUUUCCACAGGAAAAAUCUUGAUAUCCUAUAUUUCUGAAAUCCUAUAUGUCUGCUUUCAUAUCUCCAUAUGUGUAAAUUUAGGUUAAUUAGAUUAGAUUAAAAGACUAAUAGAUAAGCUGGUGUAAAACCAUGUCAGUCAGUUCUCAAACAAUUGCUAUAGUGGUUUAUGUAUAUUGCUUGUUUUCCUUUUCACUGUGCAGUAUUGCUUACUCCUUAUAUUGUUUUGCAGAUUCAACAACUACAGAAAAAUGGCAUUGGAGGCUGAGCAGUUUCACUCAAGUUCUGAGGAGUCCAUUAAUUCUGCAUACUCAGAUGCUGACUACAAGCCAUCAUCCAGUAGUACUGAUGACAGUGAGGUUUGCAGUAGUGAUGAAAAUUUGGAUAAUGACCAACAGUUCAAUAGAACAAACACAAGUCCAGACAAGUGCAAAAAACAAACGAGGAAAACAAGAACCAAUGGUGAUGACGACAAAAACAAGUCUAUUAGAACAAACAGAAGAACAGACAAGUCCAGAAAACAGAGUCCAAAAAAAACCACAGCUUCGAAUAUAACUGUGAAGGUUUGCAAAAAAAAUCUAAAUGGUAAACGAAAGUGGGACAAAAACCAUUACUGCCUCUACUGUGGAAAGUCAAACAAAAAGUUAAGCAGGCAUUUGGAACGUGCCCAUAUGGAUGUCAGAGAGGUGGCUUAUGCAUUCAGCUUCCCCUUAGGAUCGAAGAAAAGAAAGGAUCUAUUAGAGGGGCUGCGGAAUAAAGGUGACUAUAAACAUAACUUAGAAGUCCUUAAGAGUGGCCAUGGGGAAAUAGUGACGUGGAAACAACCUUCUUUUGAAGCUUCUGUCGAUAAUUACCUUCCUUGCCAGUACUGCUACGCCAUGUUUGUGAAAAGUGAUCUUUGGAAACAUCAGGGAACUUGCAGAGCUAAAAAUGAUCCUGGGAAAGAUGCUGAGAAAAAGAGCAACAGUAGAGUUCAGAAAGCAUCUUCAAGCCUGCUACCCAUUUCGGAGACCUCGGAGGCAUUGGAGAAUGUCAUUCAUGGAAUGCAAAAAGAUGCUGUGUCCUUUACUGUACGGAAUGAUGCGUUGAUCUGUAAAUAUGGUAAUGUGCUGCUAAAUCGUGGGAAAAAUAAUGCAACUGGUUACAUUUCUCAGAAAAUGAGAGAACUGGGUCGACUCGUUGUGGCAGCAAAGGAAAUUGAUAAGAGUAUUAAAAAUCUUGAAGAUCUGUGCCAUGUAUCCAAGUUUCAGGUGCUGCUGAAGGCAGUUAAAAGGAUCUCUCAGUUUAGCCCAAGCAAGAAUGCAUACAGAAAGGCAUCAACUGCUGUCAAAAUUGGCUUCUCAUUAAAAGGAGUGACUGAUGUGCUUAUUGGCCAGACUCUGGAAAAUGAUGAUGACUUGGCUGAAAGGAAUGCAAAGAAGUUCAAAGAACUUUUAGAACAGAAGUGGAAAGACAGUGUUUCUUUUAAUGCACACAAAACAAUGGAAGAGAACAGGUGGAACAAAGAUGACGGUAUCCCAUUGACUAAAGAUGUCAUGAUCCUCCAAGAGCACCUUAGAAAGGUUGAAGACGAAGCAAAACGGGAGUUGCUAGAUGGCAUCAACAUGUCUGCUUAUAAGGACCUGACUGAGAGCCUUCUGUCACAGGUCAUUGUGUUCAAUAGACGAAGGGAAGGUGAGGCCUCCCGCUUGACCUUAGACAUGUACAUGAACGCAAACAGGACCCCAGUAAAUGGGGAUAUAUUUCAAACACUAACACCGCUUGAGCAAGAACUGAGCAAGACCCUUACCAGAAUAGAAAUCAGAGGAAAGAGAGGUAGAAAAGUGCCAAUUCUCCUACCAGAUAGAACAAAAGCAUCAAUUGAUUUCCUGAUAGAAAAAAGAAAAGAAGCUGGUGUACCUGAUCAGAACCCUUUUGUCUUCGCAAGACCUUCUGCAAUGUCAAACUUUCGUGGCUGUGACUGUCUGAGGAGAUUUUCAGAAGAGAGCAAGGCAGAAAACCCAGGACUCCUUAGAUCAACCAAACUAAGAAAGCAGGUUGCUACACUUUGUCAGCUGCUGAAUCUUGACCAGCAAGAGUUGGAGCAAGUUGCGAGAUUCAUGGGACAUGACAUUAGGGUGCACUGUGAUUUUUACAGACAAACAGAUAAAACACUUCAGCUGUCAAGGAUCAGCAAACUUCUCUUUGCAAUGGAGAAAGGCACGGAGACCAUCAAAGGCCAGAAUCUCAACACUCUUGACUUUUCACUUCCUGGUAGCAGUAUGGCACAAACUGACAGCCCACAGACAGACAGACCAGUAGUGAGCAUGGAACCUCAUGGUGAGUUUUUAGCAUGUCAGCGGUAAAACACUAGUUUGUGUUUCACCACCGAACACAACGUAACAUGGUGUGCAGAAUUUGUAAUCAUCCUGUACCAUAGUUCAUGAUGUAAUAAUAAAUUGAUGGCUAUUUACAAACUUUGUUAAAUGUUUUAUCUGCACAUUGAUAUUGUAAUGUCUCCAUAUACAGCAGAAUUGCCAUAAGCUAUUCCAGACA